AUGUGUGCUGUCGCUGUGAAAAUUACCGACGAUGUGAAUAAGGUCUAUGAUGCCAUGAGAAUGAUAUACAGCUCUAAAGCCGACUCGUCGCGGUUCAGACAACUUAUCCGUGGUGCAAAAUGGGCGAACCAAGCUAUUAGCGAACUAUCUCAGACCAAAUGGGGUUCUUUAAGCUGGGACCUUAUAUACAUUGGUAUGGGCUCCAUCUUACUUUCACACUCCCGGAGCUAA